AAAUAGUGCUCUAUUGUUAGUGGAUAAAAGACGAAACAAGUCUCACAGCACUGGAACACAGGACACUGUAUUAAAUGUUAGCUCUGCCUGUUCUAAAAGUGAAAGGCGACAUCAACUGAUAGACUGGUCUGCGGGUAAGACACACGGCUGGGCAAAGCUCAGUCUGACUCUGCAGUUUCCCAACACAGCAGGAGUAGCAGCUGAUCUUUCUGCCUCAGCAAUGGCAGAAGCUGUCAUAAGACAUUGGGUGGAAACUCCUGUACGCUACCAGGAGCAGUUUGUUGACCAAGAGCUGGAAGCACACAGACUGAACCACCUUUUAUAUGCUUUGCCGGGCCCUGCCACCGCUGCACAGAGCGACCCAAGGUGUGCCACAGAAAGCACGGCUGGGGCCAGGAAGAGCGGCCAGGAGGAGGAAAACACACACUUUCGGGUCUUGCUGGAUGUUGUGCAGUUCCGCCCUGAAGAUAUCAUUAUCCAGACUUUCGAAGGCUGGCUCCUGAUUAAAGCUCAGCACGGACCCAGGAUGGACGAACAUGGUUUCAUAUCCCGAAGCUUCACCAGACAAUACAAAUUACCUGAUGGAGUGGAGAACAAAGACUUGUCUGCACUUUUCUGCCAUGAUGGCAUUUUGGUUGUUGAAAUGAAGAACUCAGUGGAAAAGAAUUAGAACCAUGUCUAUAGUUAUCGGUGAGAUAAAAUCAUUCUUGAUGUAACAAAAUUAUAUCAAUCAUGCAAUGCUGUAGGGUGUAGUAAGCAUGUAGCUGUAUUUAUUAAAGGAAAUUAUUUGUAUAUAUUUUUUGUAUGCUGAGUUUACUGUUUGAUGUGAACUGUUAUACUGCUUGCCUCCAGCUACAUAUAGGUUGAAAACACAGGCUGUUCAAACAGUAGCAAACUAAGGCUAGUCUCAGCAGGAGAAAAGAAAAAAAUCUAUUUGAUAACAUAUUGAAAA